CGAUUUUGGGAUAUUACUGUUGUGUUCUACCCUUAGUGGAGAUAGCAGUUUUUGUGCAACCGUGUACCAGACAUGCGAUUUUCUGAUCUGCAUAAUUAACAGCAAUUAAAGAUCAGCAUGUGAUAAUGAAUUAUUCAAUAUCUGGCGAUUUAUUAUUAAUAAUCAAUUUAUACUGACCAUGUGAACUACAGAAAAUAAAAACAUUAUGCCUCGCAUACGGAGGGACCCAUCGAGGGAAUACUCUUUUAUACGUUCAUUGUUCCAGGCCUGUUACGACAAUCCGUUGUUUCAACAAGAGGAGUCAAAGUUCAAUCCAGAUGGCGUCCUGGAAAAGAAACCACGCGCCAAGGACUACACUCCGGCCGAAGACAUUCCGGAAAUUGAAUUUCAAGAAAAGGAUGAGGCCUCGAAAAAAAGAAAGUUGUGCAUCAUCGGAUUCAUCAUCUGCUGUGUAGCCGUCAUUGGAUUUUUAGUUGGAUAUUUAAUUAGUUCCGCACAAAAAAAAGACACGACAUAUCCCCCUGUUCAUACAACCAUCACCACAACUCACGUGCCUUCAUACUCAUUUAAGACAGAUACCUUUAAUGGAAGUUUGCUUGUAUUAGCAGGUCCCUACUCUAAUUUUAACACAGAAUAUUCAGAUAAAACUUCAGUUGCAUACCAGUAUUUUUCUAGGACAUUUUUAUAUCAGAUGAAAUUAAUAUUUUCAAAGAGUCCAUUCCGAUCACAGUACAGCUCUACAAUCAUUAACGGGAUAAGAUCUGGAAAUGGGCAAUUGUCCAGCGUCCUCUAUAGCAUAAAAUUCACUUCGCCAAUAAAUGUCUUCAAUUGGACGGAAUCGUCUUUGGUGUCGCUACUUGUUUCCGGUCUUGGUAGCGGGGUGAUCCAAGCGUCGCCGGAUUCCAUUAAAAUUACAGCGCUCAGGAAUGAAACAACUGUGCUUCCCUCUGUAUCACCAGGACAGUGCUUUAAAGUAAGUGUAAAUCAUUGUGUUAAUUACACCACAUACACCCUGACAACCCUUCCAAACGCAUUUGGGCACAGCACUCUAGGAGAAGUAGCAGAAUCUUCGUCAAAGUACCCUGAGAUUUUCGAUGGAUUUUGUUAUGGAUAUGCUAAAGAUUUUUGGUGCUCAGCGUAUAAUCCAGAGUGCAAAAAUAACCAACCAGUAUUGCCAUGUAAACAAUAUUGCGAAGACGUGAAAUCAGCCUGCGAGAAUACAUCAUUUCCUUUAAAUUGUAACAGUUUACCAACCUCCAACUGCCGAGAAAACCCAUUCAAACCCGGAAAAUGCGUUGAUGUUCCCUUUGGACAACAUUAUAAUACCUGCAUUAAUUUAGGAUUUUCCAAGUCUGCUCUUCCAAAUUAUGAUCUCGAAAUCAACUUUCCGAAGCCCAAUAUGGUACUGGAUUUAGUUUUCACAUUGAAAAGGUUAACAAAGUGUUACAAACAUUCAGAGUUGUUCGGAUGUUCCGUGUUUGUACCGAAAUGUUCUGGAUCAGAAGUGGUUCCGAAUCAUACUAUCCCGCCAUGUAGAUCUCUCUGUGAAGAAUACAUGAAGAACUGUUUUAUAUUCUGGGAGAUCUUUUCUACCCCAUGGCCUAAGAAUCUGACGUGUUCCUCUUUACCUGAUGUCAAUGACACGACUGUCUGUAUUGGAUACAACGAGGCUCACCAACCCCCAGAAAUCAAACAAUGUCAGACAAACCAGAUAUCAUGUGAUACUGAUCGGUGUAUCGAUGUAUCGUUCUUGUGUGACGGUUAUCGCGAUUGUGAAGAUAACUCUGAUGAAGCUCAUUGUGCUGCAUGUUCCACAGGGGAAUAUAAAUGUAACCCUGCCUCCAGUCUGUGUAUCAAGAGCUCUGAGGUCUGUAACGGUGUCCCGGAUUGCUAUGAGGAAGUAGAGGAAGCUGAGUGUAUAAAACUGGGGAACGGAUCAGAUAGUGGCGUUAUCCUGGUUUACAACUCGGCAUCAGAUAACUGGGAAGAAGUGUGUGCAGACGAUUGGAAUGAAACAUUGAGUGACCUUGUCUGUCAACAACUAGGAUAUAGGGGAACUAGGACUACCAUUUUCAAGACCAAAACUACAACUACGGCAAAAUUGGAUUUUCAAAAUGUAAAUGGAUCAGCUAACACAAAUUGGUUGCAAUCAUUCCUAAGAAAAGGUUCUACGUGUACCGGAAACAAUGUCGUCCAUUUAGAGUGUGGUAAUCCUGUAUGUGGGACACGACCAGCCCAUUUCCCCUCCGCCCUUCGUAUUGUGAAUGGAAAACAAGUUAAGCCCGGUACUUGGCCUUUUCACGUGGGUCUAUAUGGAGGCAGAGGAAUGCGAUACUUUUGUGGAGGAAGCAUUUUAAACCAGAACUGGGUCAUUACCGCUGCCCAUUGCCUUGGAGGCAAAACAACAACCGAUGAUUUAAUCAUAAUUGUGGGUGACACGAGGCGAUUUGCUUAUAACAAAUACAGACAACUUAAGAAGGCUAAGUCGUUACAUGUCCACGAGGCGUAUUCCUCCGAGACUGUAAAGAAUGAUAUAGCUCUGAUACAGCUGGAGUCACCAGUGUACUUCAGUGACUACGUUAGGCCCCUUUGUUUGCCUGACAACACGACAGCUGUUGGAACUCGCUGCUUUGCCGUAGGCUGGGGUAAAGUCAAUGGAAAGGCUACUGAUUAUGAGCCGGUCUUGCGACAAGUCAAUUUGGAUGUAGCGUCCUGGCAAGGAUGCAAGCAUGCUAUAGCUACUUCCGGUAUUCAAUCUCCUUACAAACUCACAGAAGACAUGGUGUGUGCCGGUGGAUCUAGAGGCCACGAUUCAUGCCAGGCGAACAGUGGGGGUCCAUUGAUGUGUCCUAUGGAAAACGAGGCUGACACGUGGUAUGCAGCGGGAGUGACGUCAUGGGGACUUGGUUGUGCUGUUCCAAAUGUUCCUGGAAUUUACACCGAGGUUUUUAAGUUCAUUGACUGGAUAAAAAAUAUCACAAAUCUUGAACUUCCUAUGGAAUACAGCAUGAAUUGAUUUAUCAUCAACGCAAUCAUACCAGAAUUUGUUGUUUUCUUAAUUUCAUCCAUAUUUUAAUGAACAGAAAUCCGUUUUUAUUUGUGAUGCAGUGCAUGUCACGGACGAUCUCAUUGUAUAUUUCUUACAUGAUAAUAUAUUAUUUUCACAUUUGUUUUACCAUAUGUCUAUCAUUUAGUCCCAAAUCCAAAGAUGUUUUUUUUCUAUACAUGUAUUUUGUUUAUUUUAUUAUAUGCAAUGAUGUUUAUUACACAUCAAAAAGAUUUGGUUUUUG